AGUUUAAAAUGGGACUGAAAAAAUUAAUAUUUGUACUUUGUGCUUUUAUUUGCUAUGCUGGAGCGAGUGAAAUUGCUCCAUUAAUUGUAAACGGAACUGAUGCGACUAUAGAAGAGUUUCCAUUUUUGGCUUCUUUAAGGUUUAAUAAUUCACACACUUGUGGAUCAACAAUCAUAAAUGAAAUUUGGAUUUUGACUGCAGCACACUGUGUAGUAGGGCGAAUAGGAAAAACUGACUUGUUCAGCGUACACGUCGAGUCUAAAUAUUUAUAUCCAUCAAAUCCAAAUGUAGUCUUUGCUGAAACAAUCUAUCCUCAUCAAGGAUAUAAUGCAUCUAAUCAGUAUAUUAAUGAUAUUGCUCUUAUAAAAUUGAAAGAACCGCUUAAAAUUCAACUUUUUGAUUGGAAGGUCAAAUUGGCAAUGAGAGGAGCUUACUAUAAAACAGGAACGCCAGCUGUCUUGGCGGGCUGGGGAUAUAAUGAGUCUGGUGGAGUUGCCCAAACGACACUUCAAAAAGUAAACCUUCAAAUAUACACAGCCAGUGAUUGUGAUGAGAUUCAUAAUUCAAAAGUUCAUGCAUCAAACAUAUGUGGAGGUGUAGAAGGUGGAUAUCAAGGACAAUGCAGUGGAGAUUCUGGUGGUCCCUUGUUGGUGAGAGGAGUUCAAGUAGGAAUUGUUAGCUGGAGUGUUAAACCAUGCACAGUUCCUCCUUAUCCUGGAGUCUAUGCAUCAGUUGCUCAUUUUACUGACUGGAUUGAAGAAACUGUUGGAUUUAAUAUGGGACUUAAUGUUUUCUUAAGUGCUUGAAUAUGCUGUAAAAUAUAAAAGUCAUAUUGAGCUGAUAAUAAACGAUGCGUUUAUUGAUUUGAU